AUGCUACACUCGCAACCUCUGCCAGCCCCUUCUGCUCCUCCACCACUAUUACUUCUGCUGGUACGCUGCCCCCGAAGCCAAGCAAGUGGGACUCGGUUUGGCGGUGGCAGCCAGGAGGGCAGUUCGUGUUUCUCGCUGGACCGCUAUUCCGGUGCACGCCGUCGAGCUGAGUUGUUACCGCGGGAGACACUCGGUCAUCAGAUUGGGCGGCGCGCUCUCAUUGCUAAAGAGAAUGAUGCUAGAGUUGCUAGCCAGGUCAAAGCUCUCCUUCAUUUCCUCCCACCCAUGCCCUCCGAAAAUCCGCCUCGUCGAGUUCAACCUCCACCGGUGCAGGCAAGGGCGCUGUGA